AUGUCAUCCCCUAUCCCAGUCACUCUAGUAGGAGCCACCGGUCUCACCGGUAAAUCCACCCUACUCUCUCUAUUCUCCUCUUCCAUUCCAUUCUCGAUAACAACCUUUGCUCGACGUUCUAUCCCCCUUACCACCCCUACGAACCCUCAAAUAAAAUGGGAACAAAAAGAACGUCCUGAUUUGUUCUCAGUAGUCAACGAGAAAGUGGGCGAGAAAAUGGGUGUAUUCGUCAGUUGUUUAGGAACUACGAUCGCUCAAGCUGGUGGAAUGGAGAAACAGAAGAAAAUAGAUUUAGAUUUGAAUCGGGAUUUGGCAAAGAAAGCGAAAGAGGAUGGUGUUAGUACUUAUAUUCUCGUUUCUUCAACCGGAUCAGACAGUUCUUCUUGGUUUCAUUAUACAAAAAUGAAAGGUCAAUUAGAAGAUGCGGUCAAAGAAAUUGGUUUUGAUCAUUGUAUCAUUUUACGACCUGCUUUGUUAUUAGGUGAUAGAGGAUAUACUCGAAAAACAGAAUUCUUGGUCACCAAAACCAUUCGUGCUUAUUUAUCUUUGGGUGGACCUGGAUCAAGUAUGUUGGCUAUUGACUCAGACGACGUCGGAGCGUGUAUAGCCCAUCUUGCUGCUAACCCUCCAACGGAAAAGGUGAUCACACUCAGCAAUUCGGAAAUGAUUCAGAUUGCUGCCAAACACCGAGCAGCAACAGCUUCGUCUUAA